AUGCCAGAAGAAAAAGUUCUACAAACACUCGGUCCAAAAUUUUUACAUAUUUAUUUAACAACACCUAUAGAAAUCUUAGAACAAAUAGUUCCACAAGCUGAUAAAAAAGGAUAUCGAGCAAUUGUUAUUACAUGUGAUCCACCACAUGAACGUAUUCGAGAUUUUGUAUUACCAUUAUUUGAAGAAGCAUCAAAGAAUAUCGAUCCAGACUUAAUGAAGAAUAUGUCAAUACCAAAUUUGAAUAUACCUGGUAUAAUUGUUAAGCAACCUUUUGGCACUGGUUCAGUAACAUGGGCAAAUAUUGAAUGUUUAAGAAAAUUGACACAAUUACCAAUUAUUUGCAAAGGUAUACUUUCACCAAUUGAUGCAGAAUUAGCAAUUAAAUAUGGAGCAAAUGGAAUUAUUGUCAGGCCUGCUUUGCAUAUAAUCAUUGAUACAGCACCACCAGCUAUUGGAUGUCUAGAAGAUGUCGUCAAUGCUGUAGAUGGACGUGCAGAAGUAUUUGUUGAUACUGGUAUUCGAACUGGGACUGAUGUAUUAAAAGCAUUAGCAUUAGGUGCACGAGCUGUUUUGAUUGGUCAGCCAAUUUUAUAUGGAUUGGCUUGUGGUGGACAAGAUGGUGUUCGAAGAGUAUUAGAUAUAUUAAAACGUGAAUUAGUUUAUGAUAUGGCUUGUUGUGGAUUAACAUCGAUUGAUCAAAUUAAUAAAGAUAUUCUUUAUAAACAUUAA